AUGGAAGGAGGCGGCAAGCUCAACUCCUCGUCCAACAGCCGGGACGAUGGCAACAGUGUCUUCCCCGCCAAGGCGCCCGCGACGGGCGCAGGGUCGGCCGCGGCCGAGAAGCGCCUGGGCACCCCGCCGGGGGGCGGCGGGGCCGGCGCGAAGGAGCACGGCAACUCGGUGUGCUUCAAGGUGGACGGCGGCGGCGGCGGCGGCGGCGAGGAACCGGCCGGGGGCUUCGAGGACGCCGAGGGCCCCCGGCGGCAGUACGGCUUCAUGCAGAGGCAGUUCACCUCCAUGCUGCAGCCCGGGGUCAACAAAUUCUCGCUCCGCAUGUUUGGGAGCCAGAAGGCGGUGGAGAAGGAGCAGGAAAGGGUUAAAACUGCAGGCUUCUGGAUUAUCCACCCUUACAGUGAUUUCAGGUUUUAUUGGGAUUUAAUAAUGCUUAUAAUGAUGGUUGGAAACCUGGUCAUCAUACCAGUUGGAAUCACAUUCUUUACAGAGCAAACAACAACACCAUGGAUUAUUUUCAAUGUGGCAUCAGAUACAGUUUUCCUUUUGGACCUGAUAAUGAAUUUUAGGACUGGCACUGUCAAUGAAGACAGUUCUGAAAUCAUCCUGGACCCUAAAGUGAUCAAGAUGAAUUAUUUAAAAAGCUGGUUUGUGGUUGACUUCAUCUCAUCAAUCCCAGUGGAUUAUAUCUUUCUCAUUGUAGAAAAAGGAAUGGAUUCAGAAGUUUACAAGACAGCCAGGGCACUUCGCAUUGUGAGGUUUACAAAAAUUCUCAGUCUCUUGCGUUUAUUACGACUUUCAAGGUUAAUUAGAUACAUACAUCAGUGGGAAGAGAUUUUCCACAUGACAUAUGACCUUGCCAGUGCAGUGGUGAGAAUUUUUAACCUCAUCGGCAUGAUGCUGCUGCUAUGCCACUGGGAUGGCUGUCUUCAGUUCCUAGUCCCACUCCUGCAGGAUUUCCCACCAGACUGCUGGGUGUCUCUGAACGAAAUGGUUAAUGACUCGUGGGGAAAGCAGUAUUCAUAUGCACUCUUCAAAGCUAUGAGUCAUAUGCUGUGCAUCGGGUAUGGAGCCCAGGCCCCAGUCAGCAUGUCGGACCUCUGGAUUACCAUGCUAAGCAUGAUCGUUGGGGCCACCUGCUACGCCAUGUUUGUCGGCCAUGCCACAGCUUUAAUCCAGUCUUUGGAUUCCUCCAGGCGGCAGUAUCAAGAGAAGUAUAAGCAAGUGGAGCAAUACAUGUCAUUCCAUAAGUUACCAGCUGAUAUGCGUCAGAAAAUACACGACUACUAUGAACACAGAUACCAAGGCAAAAUCUUUGAUGAGGAAAACAUUCUCAGUGAACUCAAUGAUCCUCUGAGAGAGGAGAUCGUCAAUUUCAACUGUCGGAAGCUAGUGGCUACCAUGCCUCUGUUUGCUAAUGCCGAUCCCAAUUUUGUGACUGCCAUGCUGAGCAAGUUGAGAUUUGAGGUGUUUCAACCUGGAGAUUACAUCAUACGAGAAGGAGCUGUGGGUAAAAAAAUGUAUUUCAUUCAACAUGGCGUUGCUGGUGUCAUCACAAAAUCCAGUAAAGAAAUGAAGCUGACAGACGGCUCUUACUUUGGAGAGAUUUGCUUGCUGACCAAGGGCCGCCGCACUGCCAGUGUUCGAGCUGAUACAUAUUGUCGUCUUUAUUCACUUUCUGUGGACAAUUUCAAUGAGGUCCUGGAGGAAUAUCCAAUGAUGAGGCGAGCCUUCGAGACCGUUGCCAUUGACCGACUAGAUCGGAUAGGAAAGAAAAAUUCCAUUCUUCUGCAAAAGUUCCAGAAGGAUCUGAACACUGGCGUCUUCAACAAUCAGGAGAAUGAGAUCCUGAAGCAGAUCGUGAAGCAUGACCGCGAGAUGGUGCAGGCAAUCGCGCCAAUCAGUUAUCCCCAAAUGACAGCCUUGAAUUCCACCUCCUCCACCACGACUCCGACCUCCCGCAUGAGGACACAGUCUCCGCCGGUGUACACAGCCACCAGUCUGUCCCACGGCAACCUGCAUUCCCCCAGCCCCAGCACACAGACCCCCCAGCCGUCCGCCAUCCUGUCGCCCUGCUCCUACACCACUGCAGUCUGCAGCCCUCCCGUACAGAGCCCGCUGGCCACUCGAACUUUCCACUAUGCCUCCCCUACUGCCUCCCAGCUGUCACUCACACAGCAGCAGCUCCAGCAGUCCCCGCAGCCCCCACAGCCGCCCCCGCAGCCACAGACGCCCGGCGGCUCCACGCCGAAAAACGACGUGCACAGGAGCACGCAGGCGCUCCACAACACCAGCCUGACCCGAGAAGUCCGGCCCCUGUCGGCCUCGCAGCCCUCGCUGCCCCAUGAGGUUUCCACUCUCAUUUCCAGACCUCAUCCCACUGUGGGCGAGUCCCUGGCCUCCAUCCCUCAACCCGUGACCGCCGUUCAUGGCCCGGGCCUCCAGGCGGGGGGCAGGGGCACCGUCCCCCAGCGAGUCACCCUGUUCCGACAGAUGUCCUCUGGAGCCAUUCCCCCUAACCGCGGAACCCCUCCCGCACCCCCUCCACCAGCAGCUGCUCUUCCGAGAGAGUCUUCCUCAGUCUUAACUACAGACCCAGAGGCAGAAAAGCCACGAUUUGCUUCAAAUUUAUGAUCCCUGCUGAUUGUCAAAGCAGAAAGAAAUACUCUAAUAAACUGAGCAUCUUCUCAGACCUUAUUUUAUUCUAUCUCCUGAUAGAUUCCUAUAGCCUACUACGAAGAGAUAUUUUAGACAGCUCUGGCCUACAUGCAAAAUGUAAAAUAUAUAAAUAUAUAUCUACCAUUAAAUAUCUAUCUAAAUUCCCAAGAGAAGUUCAAAAGACCUGUUUAGCAUUCAGUGUUAUAUGUCUUCCUUUCUUUAAAUCAUUAAAGGAUUUAAAAUGUUGUUGUAAGAUCAUUUAUUUUUAACCUACUUUUACUGAAUUCCUUUGAUAUAUGUAUUUCUCUAACUUUAGGAAGAGUUCUUGGAUUCAGUGGAAACAAAACUCUGAUUUUUAAAAGGCAACUCAAGUGAGCUACUGAAUAGCACCAACCAAAACUUCAUUCAUUAGCUGUGUCUCUGCAUCUAAAUUGUUAAUCAUUAAUUAUGGAGAAUUAAAUAGCGAGUCCCAUUUUAUAGAUCCAAAUUGUAUUUUGGUGCUUUCAAUUUUGAAUUAGGUUACAGAGCACACCGUAUGCUUGGCCACGGUUGGAGACUAGCAUUGCCACCGUUAGGAAUAUCUCUAACCUCAAACAUGUUCAUUGAUCUUUCAGAAAGCUGAGGGGAUAUUUGUCUUCAUGUGUUAUCGGACUUUUACCAAGACUCAAUCAAUGUUAGUUGUAAAUAACUUUUUCAACCCAAAUAAAAAUAGCUAUUCUGUGCUGUAUGAAGGUAAAAGUCAUCACUUAAGAAUUUAGUUUUAUUGCUUCACUUCAAAACUUAGAGUUUGAAAUUUUACAAAACCUAAUUGUGACAGUUAUUCAAUAAUGCAAUGGCUUGAAACCUACAAUAUUAUUUUAACCUGCAAUGUUUUAUGCAAAACUGUAUGCUCAAUUCUACAAAUUGCUUGUAUUACACCAAAAAAUCAUUACUUUUCUUCCUUCUUGCCAUAACCAAGCAUCUGAAAAUAGUCCCUGCAUGCUUUUUGGGGAAAAAAAAAAUAUAGGUUCAGAUCAGUCACUGUAGGGAGAGGCUUACAGUAUUUCUCAUUUCUAGAAAAAUAUAACCAUUCAUUAAUUGCCUAUCUUAAAAUUCCUAUAUGGCUGACUUGGAUCUCUGACUUAAGUCUAGAAGUGAGGUUUUCACUUUCAUUUAAUAUUAUUACUAUUAUUUAAAUAAUGAUUUGUAAACCACAGCUUGAUUUGAAGUUGCCAGUGUGUUCUGUGUCUUUACUGUUGGUAGUUGGUAGUUUACCCUGGUGUUGAUUUAAAAUAACUAAAUACACAAUAGCAUCAUGUCUGUUUGGGAACACACACUUUGUUCUAUGUAUAUUGUAAUAAAAUGGUUAGUAAAUCUUAAGGCAUGUGGUGACUAACAUAGCCCUUAGAUAGGAGGUUUGUUAUUCUGAAUGUGCUGGAAAAUGUAUGGACGUGAUGACAGAAAGCAAGGGGCAAACUGAAUGUGAGCAUUGUUUGUUUGUCUGUUUCCUUAACUCCCCAUGAUCUGUGAACAUCUGCUGCUUCUCAGAGAAGUCCCUUAGUAAUCAUUUGUGCCUAAUGCAUCCCACAAAUGUGGUGAAUGACUGGAACACAAUUGGAAGAUUCCUAAUAACCGACUUCUGUAAAUAACCCAAGUUAAGAGAAUGACCUGAAGUGGAGGUCUUUGGUAUCUUUGACACUGGUGAUACAUUCAAGAAGAACUUAACAAAGGUCACACAUUAAAUGGGGCAGGGCCUCCAGACAGACUUGAGGACAGAAAACAAAACUAAAGCAAAAACUCUAAAAUGGAUCCAUGUUGCCUGUUAUGCCUUUUACAGAUAUAAUACCUAUAACACCAAAAUGAGUUGUUAUGUUUCCUUUCUAACAGAUCCCAGCUUGUGUGGAAGUAAUCAACAAUGCUACUCAAUGUAAUGCUGUCGUUAACAUGCUGGUGACAUCUGAUGGCAUGUCAGGAAUGGUGUAAAAAGGGGAUUGUUCAGUCUACCUAGAACCUAUGGGAAAGCUGCAAGACCAUUUACAUAUCAGUACAAAACUCCUUUAUUUUAUUAAAAUAUUGAGAAUUAACUUCAAUUUACUAAGAUCAUGUAUUGGUCCUUUAAAUUAUUAAAGGUUUACAUUUGAUAGCA